AUGGUGUCUUCCAGUGAUAAGUGUAAACUUUAUUGCAAAGUGUCUGGUUCGGCAUCCUAUUUUGUUCUAAAAGAAAAAGUAAUUGAUGGAACAUUAUGUGAACUAGGAAGUUUUGAUAUUUGUGUAAAUGGGAAUUGUGAAUCUGCAGGUUGUGAUCAUGUUCUUCAUUCUCCAAAAGUAUUGGAUCGAUGUGGUGUUUGUGGAGGAAAUAAUAGUACUUGUAAAGAAAUAGCUGGUCACUUUAAUCAAAAGUUGGAUUAUGGCUAUCAUAAUGUUGUUAUGAUUCCACCUGGGGCUAGUAAUAUUCAAAUUAAUCAACACAGUUCUGAUGAUAAUGUUGAUGAUAAUUACAUUGCACUGAAAGAUCCUGCUGAGAAGUAUAUUUUGAAUGGAGACUUCAUGAUUAGCAUGUUUCCAAAAAGAUUACUUUACCAUGGGAUAACUAUAGACUAUUCAGGAAGUGAUGCAGUAAUAGAAUAUGUUAACAGCUCUAAACCCCUUCCAAAAGAUUUAUUUGUACAGGUGUUAGUUGUGGGAAAACUUAAUCCUCCUAAUAUCAGUUUUAGUUAUACUGUGCCAAUAACACAAAGUAAACUGUAUGUCUGGAAACUUGCAACUCAAUUCUCUGAAUGUACACGUAUGUGUGAUGGUAUAAGUUUCUUGAAACCAAUAUGUGUUCGCUUGUCUGAUCAGCACCCUGUGAAUGAUAACCAUUGUGCAAAUCUAGAUAAACCAAAUUUACAAAAAGUUCGCAAAUGCAACUAUCAUUGUGAAUUAAGAUGGAAAGAUGUUAACAAAUCUGAAUGUUCAGUUCAGUGUGGAAGAGGGAUAAGCCAUAGAAUUGUCAAGUGCAUGAAAGAAGACAAAGCAACGGAUAUAGCCCAUGCUGUACCUGAGGAACACUGCAAGCAUUUGGGACCUAAGCCUAGUUCACAAGUAAAAUGCAGAGGAUCUUGUCUUAAUUCGACAUGGGUGUAUUCAGAUUGGUCUGAGUGUUCAGUUUCUUGUGGGAAAGGAACCCAACAUCGAUCAGUGGAAUGCCGCAACAGUAAUAAAAUUAAACAACCGGAUAGUCACUGUGAUCCAUCCUCUAAAAUUCUUUCUAGAGAAUGUGAUCAAGGACCAUGUCCAGUAUGGGAAGUUGGUGAUUGGACUGAGUGCUCUGUAACUUGUGGCAUUGGCAUUAAACAGAGACCAUUUUGGUGUGAGUAUGAUGGAAAAUAUGUGGAUCAUCGUUAUUGUACUGAUGAAGAGCCUGUCUCUAAAGAAACAUGUUCUUUUCCUGACUGUUAUGACUGGAUUGCAGAGGAGUGGGAAUUGUGCCCUAUAGGUUGUGGAGAUGCCACAGUGCACAGAAAUAUAUAUUGUUAUUCUUCAUCUAAGGAAAAAGUAGCUGAAACCUACUGUGCACAUUUACCUCAGCCAGCUAGCUAUAAAAACUGUUCAUCUAAUGCACAGUGUGGAAAUCUAGUUGGUGCGCCAUCUCAACAGCCAGGCCAGUGGUCUCCUGCUCCUCGUAUUUUGAGUGAUACAAAUUCUAUUUCGGAGUUUAGCCAUGCAGUGUGGAGAAAAGGUGAAUGGUCAAAGUGCUCCAACCUAUGUGGGGAAGGUAUAAGUCGAAGAACAAUAACGUGCCAUAAUUCAGAAGAUGAAUCACGCCUCCCUUUAAGCUACUGUGAUAUUAAAAUAAAACCAAAAACUACCGAAAAAUGUGUUGGAAGAGAAUGUGGAAAGUGGGAAAUAGGUGAAUGGUCUGAAUGUUCAUGUCUGAGACUAAUGAAGGAAAGGCAGGUUCUAUGUGUGAAAGAUAAUAUAGAUCCAGCACCUGAAUCUUCAUGUAACCCAGACAACAAACCACCAGCUUCAGAAAGAUGUGAUUGUGAUCCUCAAAUUUAUUACAACUUUCAUGUGCAAAGCAGUUGGAAAACUGGGCCAUGGUCUGAAUGUUCUGUUUCCUGCGGAGCUGGAAUUAAAAGACGCCAAGUUGUUUGCUAUAACAUCAGUGGUUUGAUAAGCUCUGAUUGCAAUGCAGUUAUAAAGCCACUUGAAGUAGUUGACUGUAAUGGUGAAGAGUGUCCCAUCUGGGAUGUAGGGGAUUGGAGUGAGUGCAGUGUAUCAUGUGGAAAAGGUACUCAAGUUCGUUCUGUUGAAUGUGUGUAUCAUACAGAGAAGUUUGAAGAUGAAAAAUGUGAUUUAACUGCCAAACCUGAAAAAGAACAGGAGUGUAUGAAAGACUGGUGUAUGCAAGAAGAAAAUAAAUGGCUAACUGGUCCUUGGUCUGAGUGCUCAACUACAUGUGGAGAAGGGAUUCAGCAGCGAAAUGUUUAUUGUAUUAAUGCUCAAGGACAUAGAACAAAUCCAGACCAAUGCCCUGUUUCAUUCCCUGAUCAUACUCGCACCUGUGCUUCAAGUAGUUGCCCAGUUUGGAAGUGGUCAGAAUGGAGUCAAUGUCCAAAAAGUUGCGGCUUUAACGAACAGCAAAGAUAUCCUCACUGCAUUAAAGGUGAAAGAAUAGUUAAAGAUGAAGAAUGUUUCGAGCCUAAACCAUCUCCUGAAGUCAGACAAUGCAAAAUACCUCCUGAAUGCUCUUUUAAAUGGCAGAAGGGUACAUGGUCACAGUGUCAUGCUUCAUGUGGUUCAACCUAUAAAGUUCGAGAAGUUGUUUGCAUUGAUAAUGAUCAUAAUCGUGUAUCUGAUGAGAUGUGUGCUUUGCUGAAUAAACCAAAAAAUAAGAAAAAAUGUGAUUUAAAACCAUGUCCAUACAUGUGGAAAUUUGGACCAUGGUCAGAAUGCUCAAAAUCAUGCAGCACUGGAGUUCAAUCUCGUACAGUAUCCUGUCAUUCCGUGAAUGUAUAUGGAUAUCCUAAUCCUCAGCCUCUAAAUGAAUUUGAUGAGCAUUUUUUCUGUGAUUUGAGUAAACGGCCAAAACAUCUUGAAAAAUGCAAUUAUGGAAAUUGUUCAAGUGGUUAUGUAUGGCAUACUGGAGACUGGGAAGCUUGUGAAGGUCCAUGUCAUAAAGCUCGACAGAAAAGAAAAUUACAUUGCUUUACAUUGGAUGGCAAAAGAGUAGGAAAUUAUAAAUGUGAUCGCAGUCUGAAACCCCAGAAAAAGCAGCGGUGUUUUACAUCUCCAGAAUGUCCUCUUAAAAGCUGUUUAGAUUUUUAUAACAGUGGAAGAAGAGAUGAUGGAGAUUAUCAGUUACAUGUUAGAGGAAGAUCAGUUACAAUAUACUGCCACAAUAUGAAUGGUCAACAUCCACAAGAAUACAUAACAUUAAGUGGAUACAAUUAUGCAAAAGUUUAUUCUCAUGAAAUGGCCAACUAGUAAUAUUCUUUUUCCAGUUUAGGAACACCUGAAAAUUGUCACCGCAACAAUGUUGUCCUUACCUGCGAAUGUAAUCAAUUAUACUAUGGCUACACAGUUUUUUAUAAAGUAGCAUUGAACAUCACAAGCUUGCACUUAAUAGGAAAUGAUUUUACAUUCACUGAUACUUAUUAUGGAAGGCCUGUACCCUUUGCAACUGCUGGAGAUUGUUCAAGAAUACCAAAAUGCCUCCUUGGUUCAUUUGCAAUUUCUUUAGAAGGAACAGACUUCAGAGUUGCAUCUACAGCUAAAUGGGUACCUAAAAAUGGACUAGCUCAUGUUUACUUGCACCGUACAAAGAAUGCUCAAGUAAUUGGUGGGAAGUGUGGAGGUUUCUGUGACACAUGUGGCCCAGAUUCUCAAUUAGGAGUUCCUAUGGAUGUUAUGUUGCCUUUGUGAUGGUAUGUAGAAAGUUUUUUUUUUUUUUUUUUUUUUUUUGCUGCAGUGCUGUAUUUUAUUUGUAAUGUCAGAUCUCCCAAUUAAUCUCUUUUUUUCCCCUAUAAGUCUCCUUCUUGUCAAGUUCGCUUUUUUAAAUUUAAGUCCCCUUUGAGGCUUUUUCUUUGAAGAAAAGUUUGCAAGAUUUAUUUCUUCUGUGGUCAUAAAUGGUGCCCAUGAUCACCUUGCACUUUGUAUGAAUGGCAAAUGCUUUUGCCUGCUUUCAUUGUUAGUAUUUUUUAAAAACAUGUUUCUACAUUUGCACGCUCUUUCCUCUUCUCAAUUAAUCCAUUAACUAAUGCUUAAAAAAGCGAUGAAUUAUGUAUUGUUGAGUCAUGUUGAUUUAAACUGGAGCUUUGUUUUGAAUUGUUUUUUGUUUGAUAGAAAUUUUUUAUAUACACACCGGUAUUUUCUCUUUAUCCAUGCCUACAAUAAUAAUUUCAAUUAAACCAUCUAAUUUUACUUUUCUCGAGUACUUUUACACAUUUUAACUGAAGUGUGCAUUCUUAG